CUCGAUAGUAAUGCCAUCGUCCGAGCAUAAUAGCAACCUUGUCAUCCUUAUCAAUCGCUUUUGAUUUCGUCUGUCCAUAGUGACUGAUUCCAAUUGAACUUAUAUCUCCAAUAGUUGCUAUAACUGUAUUAACAUGGCUACUAUUGCACGUAACUUACGCCCUUAUUUAAGAUAUAUUCGUAAUCAAAGAAGAACUUAUGCCGAUGCAGCAACCGUUAGCAAUGAAAUGAAGUUUACAUUUGCUGGAGCUAAUCAGGUGUUCUAUGACCAACGUGUAAUUAAACAAGUGGAUGUGCCAUCAUUUUCUGGGUCGUUUGGUAUUUUACCAAAACACGUCCCUACCUUGGCUGUACUGAAACCAGGUGUAGUUACAGUAUACGAAGAAGAUGGAUCAGUCAAAAAAGUUUUUGUUUCCUCAGGAACAGUCACUAUAAAUGAAAACAAUAGUGUACAGAUCUUAGCAGAAGAAGCUCAUCCUUUGGAAAAUCUUGAUGGAUCUGCAGCUAGAGAAGUUCUUAGUAAAGCUCAGCAACAACUUUCAUCUGCAACAACAGAACAAGAUAAAGCUGAAGCAGCAAUUGCAGUUGAAGUUGCAGAAGCUUUAGUACAAGCUUUAUCAUAAACAUUGUGCAAGCAUUGUGUACAUAUUAAAAUAUCAUUAUGUGUAUCAUUAAAUUCUUAGAUCAUA